AUUGUGCUAUCUUCCUUCAAACAUGGCUUGUUUAAUGGUCAAUGGCUCAGCCGAGUCAGUUACAUUCGCUGGGAAGGCUUUUUUCAGUGCCUUCCUAUCUAUGGCAUGUCUUUUGCUUGCCAGUCUCAAGUGCUGCCUACAUAUGACAGCUUGGAUGAACCUUCUGUUAAACGGAUGAGCACUAUCUUCUCGUCAGCCCUGAAUGUGGUUAAUAUGUUUUACAUAACAGUUGGUUCUUUUGGUUAUAUUGGUUACACUGAUAAUAUUGCUGGGAAUGUUAUGAUGAACUUCCCCUCCAACUUGGUCACAGAGAUGAUUCGUGUAGGAUUUAUGAUGUCUGUUGCUGUGGGGUUCCCAAUGAUGAUUCUUCCUUGCCGACAAGCUCUGAACACUUUUCUCUUUGAACAGUUGCAACAGAAGGAUGGUACCUUUGCUGCAGGAGGGUAUAUGCCACCCUUGCGUUUUAAGCUCAUUACAGCUGGAAUAGUGUUUGGCACUAUGCUAGGUGGAAUUCUGAUUCCUAAUG